AUGCGUUACUUCCCCGUCCUCGUCCUUCUCCUGGCCUUCGUCACGCUUGCCAGCGGGCGGCCCCGAGGCCCCACUCCGGCAGCCCCCCUCCGCCUGGCACGGAGCAACCGCGAAGCACUGGUCAACAACCUUCCCCUUCCCCGCCCAGCCUCCAUCCCCAUGCGAUGCGAUCGCUCCAACACAACCUGCAUCGAGGAGCUGCGCAAGCCCCGCCGCAAAGCGAAGCGCCAGAACCCUUCUGCAACAGUCAUUCCCGCCCUUACGGCAAACUACCAGCAGACGUGCAACUCCGUCCGCCUCAGUUCGACCACCAAUCCGACUCUCCAGGCUAACUGCAAGACGCAGACCGGUGCCUACAAUCCCGGGGCGUCGUUCCGUCUCAGCCAGUGUGUCAGCUUUGGCGCCCAGGGGUUGCAGUGCAACUGGAGACCUGCAGUCAACCUGUUCCAGAACUUCUGCUCCAACUGCAGACUCGAGGGCACUGUUCUCGUCUGCGAAUGCGGGACACUCUUCGUUAACACCCACAGAACGGAUCUUUCCGCAUGCGUCGCCAAUGAAGACGGUGAACUGGCCUGUCGGACAACGCGGGGUGUCUAA